GAUGGCGCUGCGGAGCCACGGCCGCCAUUAGGGACUGAAAGCACAACUGUGAAGAUGUGCAAAGUGGUCGAAACGCAGCAGUGUUCUGCAAUAAAUUGCAAAAAUUAUCAGUCCACCAGAAGCGAUUUGGCAUUUCAUCGGUUUCCAAAGGAUGCACAAAGGUGUGCCAGGUGGGUCCAGAAUCUAAGGAAUGCAUCCCUUCAUGGCAUACCUUUGGAUCAGCUGCAUUGGACCUACAGGGUGUGCAGUGCCCAUUUCCACAGCAGCCAGUUCAAAAGACCAUCUGAUGUCCAUGGUGGGCUGAACUGCGAUGCUGUGCCCACAAGAAUACAGGCCCCUAACCCACCUCCCCCACUAGAUGUCGAGAGGAAGCGUAAACCUCCGAAGACACGCCAGGAGUUGCCACGUAAAAAACGCAAGCAGAGUAAAGUUCCUCCUCCCUCCAAAGACCAGCAUACCGGGGAAGCUGUAGCGGGGCCUUCAUCACGGGCGCACUACACUGAGGAACCUGUAGCGGGGCCUUCAUCAAUCAGUUAUUGUUCAUUUUUAGAAAUCUAUACAAAACUUGAACUGGCUAGUAGCUGA